AUGGCAUUCAUGGUGAAGAGCAUGGUGGGGGGACAGCUGAAGAACCUGACUGGUGGCCUGGGUGGCGAGGAGAAGAGCGAGAGCGAGAAGUCUCCAGCCGAAGCGCAGGGUAUGACUCGUGAGGAGUACGAGGAAUAUCAGCUGCAGCUGGUGGAGGAGAAGAUGGAGAGAGAUGCCCAGUUUGCCCAGCGCAAGGCAGAGAGGGCCACAGUCAGGUCCCACUUUCGAGACAAGUACAGGCUCCCCAAGAAUGAGACAGACGACAACCAGAUCCAGCUGGUGGGAGGUGAUGUGGAGCUGCCCAAAGAGCUGGCCAAGAUGAUCGAGCAGGACAACGAAGAGGAGGAAGAGAAGAACUCGGUUAUCGGCCAGCUCAGCAACAUCCAGAACCUGGACCUUGAUUCCUUGAAAGACAAAGCUUCGGCCACGCUAGAGGACCUGAAGCAAUCGGCGGAGAAAUGCGCCGUGAUGUGA